AUGCAGAAGGUCACCUUCGGCGACGCCCAAAUCCCGGGCUACGAGUGCGGCGACAAGUCGUCUCCCGCCGUGAUCGUCAUACAGGAGUGGUGGGGGGUCACCGAGAACAUCCAGCGUCAGGCGCUCAAGCUCAGCGAGGACGGCGGGUUCCGCUGCAUCGUCCCGGACCUGUACAAGGGCAAGCUCGGCGUGGACGUCGAGGAGGCGCACCACCUCAUGACUUCGCUCGAUUGGCCCAACGCCAAGGACGAGCUCGUCGAGUGCGCCAAGUAUCUCCGCGCGUCGGGGUCCCCGAAGGUGGGCGUCGUGGGUUUCUGCAUGGGCGGAGCGCUCGCCCUCAUCGCCGCGCAGCACGCCGACGACGUGACGUGCGCGGCGCCCUUCUACGGCACCCCGGACCCGGCCAUCUGCCAGACGGACAAGAUCACAAAGCCGGUGCAGGCGCACUUCGGCGAGUUGGACAACCUCGCGGGCUUCUCCGACCCGGACGCGGCGAAAAAGCUCCUCGCCAACCUGCGAGCCGCCGGGAGCGACUGCGAGCUUCACAUGUACCCGAACGUCGGGCACGCGUUCAUGAACGACCUCCCCGCGCCGUAUCCCGACUGGGACGCGAGGGAAAAGACGCAAGGAUUUCCGAGGUUCGACUCGGCUCAAGUGAACGCGGCGUGGAGUCGGCUCCUCGAGUUCUUUCGCAAGCACCUCGCGUGA